GAUGCCGGUAGAUCCGUCAUCGGUCGCCUGCCUCUUUUCGAUUGGCUCCUUCUGCCCCCUGGCGCCGUCGACGCCGCUUGCGGCCCCCGUCUGCGGCUGCCAGUGCGACUGCGGCGCCCCUGGCUGGCCGACAUCGGUGGUGCUGGCCGUCGCGCUGGGCCAGCUCGCCACGGGCUUCUUGCUGGCGGUCUUGCACGAGCGGCUGGUCUUGCGGGCCACGCCUGGGCGGCACGUCAUCGUCACGCCCGACGGCCACACGUACGAGGAGCUAUUCACCGACUACGAGGACAUGCUGGAGAGCGGCGUCGCUGGAGGUGUGCCGAACCGCCUCUCAGGCAACAAGGCGCUGCGCUACGCCUUCCGCCGUGGCGACAUGGCGCGCGAUAGCGCCUUUCGGCGCCGCGCUGAGGCGCAGCUGGCGGCGCUGCUGGCGGAGGUCGCGCCUGCUGGUAUGGGUGCUGGCGGCUUGGACGAUCCUCUUCCGCUUCCUGAUGGGCCUCCUGGUGCUGGCCCUCGCGCCGCGCGUGCCGUCGAGGGCGACCCCGACUACUACGCGUCGGGUACUCUGGCUGGGCAGUGCCUCGUGGUGGGCUCACGCUGGUUCGCUGGUGAGUCGGAGGGCCCCUUCAGGCGCGGAGAGGCGGCCGCGGUGGCGGCGGGCGACGUCGCGUUCGGGGCCGGUGGCCAGGCGCUGCUGCAGCGCGAUGGGAUCUGGCUCCGUCUCUGCCGUGAUCCGCCCACGCCGCCGCCCCGUGACGCCGCGCCGCUGGUGGAGGACGACAUCAGGACGCUGCCAGUGGCCUUCAACCCUCGUGGCGAUCGCACUCGUGGCUUCGACUCCGCUCGGAGCUUGCUGCGCGAGGAGCCGCUGGACGACGCCUGGCCCAUCGAGGGCCCCCGCGCGGUGCGCUGGCUGGUGGAGGCCUUCGCCAGCAGCGGGAUGCCGCCGGUGCCUCGCCACCAUUGGUGGCGCCAGGCGCUCGGCGCCACCAACUCGGACCCAGGGGUCGACGAGCACCUCUUCCUCUCGGAGACGCUGCAGCAGUCGCUGCAGUACGACCAGCUCAACAUCUGCAACCUGGCCUGCUUCGAGGGCUUGGCGCGCCGCUACCAGCUCUGGGAAGAACGGUAUGCAGAGCGCAUCCGAGCUUCUACCGAGGGCGCUGUGGCCGCGGGCGGGCCUCGCGGCUACGCGCUGGUGUCGCCCGAGCUCGAGCGCUGGGUCGCCAAGCGCAUGGAGGAGGAGGCGGCGGUGCUCAAGGAGCGCCGCAAGGGGCGGGAGGAGAGGGCUCUCGCGGCUGCAGCGCCCACGGCCCCUCAGAGGCCGCCCCUCGACGGCGACAAGGACAAUGACAAGAAGAAAAAUCAGGACGGAACCACUGGCGCCGCGGGCAGCGGCGCGGGCUCGCUUGUAUACAUGGGGAGGUGGCCGAGCGCCUGCGCCGCCACUGCGCCGCCAGGUCCCGCGGCAGAUCCCAGGGACUUGCUGCCGCUGCCUGCCGCGCCGCUGCUGGAUCGUCGGACGCCUGGCGAUUCCGCCGAGGGGUGGCUUGGCGCUGGCCUGCGAACCCUUAAUGAGAUGGGAGGGCGCGGCACCGCUCGGCGAGCUGGACCAGCGUCUGGCAUCCACGUCGACGCGCUGAAGCGGCUCUCUAUCUCCUUCGACGCCGUGCCCAGCUGCCCGUCGUACCUGACCGCCGAGGCGGCCACUCCGGCUGUCAUCGGCUCCGAUCCUGGUUGCGCCUUCGACGACGUCUCCAGCGGGAAGUGCGCCACCUGCCAGCGCGGGAAGGUCUCGCUCCCGCGCGUUGCUUCAGGGGUGGUCAACUUGGCAGAUGCCCUGCCGACAAUGCCCUCAUUGAUCUUCGACGCGCGGGGCUCGAGCAUGUCGUUCACGGACCCUGGCUACGUUCCGCUCGCGGCGGCCCAGGCGCUGGCAGCGCUGGAGGUGCCGGCGGGCGAGCGCCUGUUUGUCGCGCAGGGCGACGUCACCUGCUGCUUCUACCAGUUCUUGCUGCCAGCUCACUUGCGGGAGGCCUUCGGUUUGCCGCCAGUGCUGUGGGCUAGCCUGCCGCCGUCUGCUCGCCGGCGCGUGGGCGCUCGGCCGCCUGACGGCUUGGCGCGGCUGCGCCUGCGGGUGGUGCCAAUGGGCUGGUCUUGGGCCGUUUACCUCAUCCAGCAGGCCAUGCAGCGCAUCUUGCGCGAGAGCACGCCUUCAGAUCGGUUGCUCGCCCAGUGCGUCCCACGUGCCCCCGUUCGGCCUGGCUCCAGCGCUGCCCUGAUCUACAUCGACAACUUCGCCGCCAUCGCCACUUCGCAGGAGGAGGCCGACGCGCGUUUGGAGGGCAUGCUGGCUGCUGUGGCUGCCGCGGGUGUUGACGCUGGUGCCGAGCCGACUGGCUCCCCGCUGCUGGGCUUCGAGCUGGAUGGCACUGGCACCCGCUGGCGCCCCACGGCACAUAAGUUUUGGCGGGUGGCGCUGGCUCUGCGCACCCUCGGCUGGGGCUCGGCUAGACGCACGGGCCGUCAGAUUGCCCGCGUCGUCGGGCAUGCCUCGGCUAUCAUGCUGCUGCGCCCUGAGAUGCUGUCGGUCUUCUCGGCGGUGUGCGUCUUCGCAGAUCGCUUCUUCUCGCAGCCCGCGCGUGCGUGGGUCCCGGUGCGGAGGGAGCUACGCGCUGCUUGGGCCUUGCUGCCGGUCGCCCUGGCCGACGUCAGCCUGCCGUGGUGCCCGCUCGUCUCCUCGGUCGACGCCUCCCCCCGCUGCUUCGGCGUCGCGGAGAAGAGCUGGGAUGCUGCAGCUGUCGGCGAUGCUGGGCGGGCCUCCGAGCGCGGCCGCUUCCGAGGAGCCCUGCGCACCAGCCGCCGCCCCCGCGACCUCGUCGAUGGCGAGACGGCGGAGCCCUCCUGGAAGGACGUCGCUUGCUCCUCGGACGCGCAGCUCUGCGCUCUGGGGCUGCAGGCGUCAUUCCAAGAGGUCCCCUCGGACUUUGCGCGGGGUGGCGAUUGGCGCGUGGUCGCCGCCCGCCGCUGGCGCCGCCGGGGCAAGAUCUUGGCGCUGGAAGCGGAGGCGGCUCUUUGGCAGGUAGGGCUGCCUGGGGUUGGCGAGCCCAGCGGAAGCGACGCUGGCGCCGAGGCAGAGGACGGCAGCUCAGUCAGCGAGUCUGCCGCCGAGGGCUGUGCGGGCCCCUGCCGCAGCCCAGUCCCGUCAGGCUCGUCCGACGGCGCGAGAGGCCGCAGGGCGAGGCGCGCGCUGGCGCGUCGGCGACCUGGAGCGGCCCUCAACGAGGCCGUCAACAGCGGGGUGGAGGCUCAGCGCAUGGGCUUCAACAUCAGCUCCCUGGCGGCGGCCGCGGUGACGCCGGCGACGCAGCAGAACUACCUGCGAGCGCUGCGGCGACUCCUGGCUUGGCUGCGCCUUCGGCGCGCGCCGCUGCUGGGGGCGGCCGACUGGGACUUGACGCUGGAGCAGUGCAUCGAGUUCCUCCACGAUCGCGGGCUGCCAGAGGGAGACGCGACGAGCACGAUGGUCGUGGUGCUGAUGGCGGGUUGGCUUUGCCACGACGGACAGGAGGACACUGCGCUCUUCCUGCUGCUCACCUUCGAAACGUACAUGCGGCCAAGCGAGGGGCUCGACCUUGUCGGCCUGCAGUUGGCGCCGCCUGUCCCAGGCGAGACGGGGGUCUGCCAGUAUUGGUCUCUGCUGGUCCGAGCGAGCGAGCUUGACGUGCUUGGCAAGACAGGCGAGUUCGACAACAGCGUCGCGCUCGACUUGCCGCGCCACCGCUUGCUGGAGCCAGCGCUGCGGCGACUCAAGGCAGUUCGAUCAGGUCGAUGCCGCCUGUUUCGCUUCUCGUACGUGGACCUCCUCCUGGCCUGGAGCCGCUGCCUGACGGCGCUGGGGCUCUUGCAUCUGCAGAUUGCGCCCUUCUCCUUACGCCGCGGCGGGGCUUCGGAGGACAAAGCUUAUCUUCGUAGCAAGGGCUACGGUUGCAUUGCGUUUGACAAGCUUCUCGGGCCACAGUUCGAUCUUAGCAGCAAGGGC